AUGUGCUUUCUGGUAUCUGGAGAUGGGACAGUGUAUGAAGGGCGAGGAUGGGGAGUUUUAGGAGCUCAUGCAAAAGAACACCACAUAGAUUCUGUUGUCAUCGACUUUAUGGGUAACUUCAGUGAGUUUCAUGCUACUCUGAGAUUGCUGCAUGUUGGAGUGCUUCACAAUCAUUUGCAGCCCAAUUAUGUGCUUGUGGGACACAGAGAUGUGGCAAACACCGAAUGUCCAGGGGAACAUUUACACUCGGCACUACCAAAACUAAGAGACCGACUGAGAAAUGACCGAACACAGUCGAUACGUCAUGUCAAAAGCCAAUAG